UAUGAUAAUUGCAAAUGGCCCGCAAUCCUCGGAGUCUUGCCCAUUUCCAUGUUACGUCUGUUGUUGGUGCAUCUCAGUCAUUGUUCUUUUUUUAGGACGGUGAGAGUGUGCAAAGGCAACAUGAGCUUUGGCUUCACUCUCAGGGGUCACGCUCCUGUGUGGAUCGACUCGGUCAUCCCCGGGAGCGCAGCAGACAAGGCGGGUCUAAAACCAGGAGACCGCAUCCUGUUUCUCAACGGACUUGAUAUGAGGACCUCUUCCCAUGAGAAGGUGGUGUCCAUGCUGCAGGGAAGCGGUGCCAUGCCCACCCUGGUAGUGGAGGAUGGCCCGCCCUCGUUCGCCAUGUCGGAGCAGGACCCGGCGGGGGGCGGCGGCAUUCCCGCAGAGCGCGCUCGCUCCCCCGUGCUCAGCUCCCUGCAGUGGGUGGCCGAGAUCUUGCCACCCAGUAUCCGAGUCCACGGCCGCACCUUCGGCCAGCAGCUGGAGCACCUGCUGACCAUCCAGGAGAAGUACACCAUCUGCAAGGCUCUGGAGAACUUCUUCCAGCACAGGAAUGUUGACACACUGAUCGUGGACGUGUUCCCGGUGCUGGAUACGCCAGCCAAGCAGGUCAUCUGGCAAUUUGUUUACCAGUUGCUGACGUAUGAAGAACAAGAACACUGCCAGAACAAAAUCUCGCGCUUUCUUGGAUUCAAGGCACCAG